CGAUCGUGUCCUCAUAUGUUAAAUUCAUGUCGUCAUCCUUAGGAAACUAGUACCUAUUUUUGUCCUUAUUAUAUUAGUUUCUAACAUCUCCCUCUUCAUAUAUGAGUCAUUUCUAAGUAUCUUAUGACAUUCUUAUAAUAUAUCCAGUCAUGGCAAUCGAUGAAAGUGAGAUAAUGAAGCUCGACCUGUUGCCAGAAGAUUGUAUCGUUCAAAUCCUCUCAUUCACUUCUCCUCAUGAUGCUUGUCACGCGUCGUUGGUCUCGACUAUGGUUCGUGAUGCAGCCAUAUCAGACUUGUUAUGGGAGAAAUUCUUGCCAUCUGAUUAUCGACAAAUCAUCUCAAGAUUAGUGUUACCAAUUAAUUUUGCAUCAAAGAAAGAGUUGUUUCUUAAGUUGUUUAGCCCUCUUCUCAUCGACGGUGGUCGUAAGACCUUUUCAAUUGAUAGAAUAUCAAGUAAAAAGUGUUAUAUGUUGAGUGCAAGGGAGCUAUCAAUUGUUUGGUCCAGCAAUCCCCUCUACUGGUGCUGGAAACCCCUCCUUCACUCAAGAUUUCCAGAAGGUGUGGAGCUUAUAAUGGUAUGUUGGCUAGAAAUUAAAGGAACGAUAAACACUCGAAUGUUGUCUCCACGUACAACAUACGGAGCUUACCUCAUUGUCAACCUGGCUGGUCGUGCUUUCGGCUUAGACUCCUUGCCAUCUGAGGUAUUUGUCAAAGUAGGAGACCAAGAAUCCAAAGGAAUUUUAUAUCUACGUCGUAACUAUGUUAACUGUAGAAAACAAGAAAUGGAAAGGGUUCUAAUGAGACACAGGGUUGAGACAUUGAGAUCAAGAGUUGAUAAUAGAGGAGGGAAAGAGCGUGCUUUACGUGACAGAGAAGAUGGAUGGUUGGAGAUUGAAUUGGGUGAAUUUUAUAGUGAUGGAGUCAAUGAUAAAGAAGUAACAAUGUGUCUUAGAGAAGUCAAAGGUGAGCAUCUCAAAGGAGGACUUAUUGUUGAAGGCAUCGAGCUUAGACCAAAGUAAUUUAUUACGUAGUAAAGGUUUUUUUUUUUUUUUGGUUUAUGGGUGGAUUAGGAGUCCGUUUGGAUUGGCUUAAAAAAUGUGGCUUUUCAGCAGAAAUAGCUUUUUAUAAGUCAAAAAGUAAUAAGUUGGAGUUGCCCAGCUUAAUGCUUUUGACUUGUUUUAAACAGUUUUAACUUAUUUUAAGCAUUUUUUAGCUUUAUCAAACACUGAAAAAGGCUAAAAAGAGCUUAAAGCUGAUUUGACCAGCUUAAAAGCCAAUCCAAACACCCUCUACUUUGCGUAAAAGCAUUUUUGCACGAGCACUAUUUCGGGUGUUUAUGUUACAAAAAGUGCUCUCUUCAACAACUCGACCAAUGUUUGGUGCAUAAUUUAAAUGUCGGAUUCAUUA